AAGAAUGAUUCUACUUUACAUUUUAUAAAACUACUUUUAUUUUAAUCUGAUGACAAAAUAUAAAAGACUUGUAAUUCGAUUUGAUUUUCACAGAAGACACAUGAAGAUGAAAGUGACAGUAACAUUGUUGGUUUUAGGUGCUGCCACAUUGGCUUCUGCCUCGUUCAAUGCAGAAAUCAACAUCAUUAAGGAUGAGGAUAAAUCAUCAACAGCAAUUGGAGAUAUGUCAAUGUAUAAUAAAUUCUACAAACCAGUUGAAUCAGGUCCAAAACCAAUUAUUGUUGCAUACAAACCACAAAGUCAAGGAUAUUAUGGACAACAACAUUAUAGUGGUUCUAAACAACCACAAUAUUAUCCAGUACCUGUGCCUUACCCUAUGCCAUCUCCAUCAGGACCACCUGCAUAUCCACCAACGUAUCCACCAAUGUAUCACCCCAUGUAUCCACCAAUGAAUCCACCAUCACAAGAUCAAUGCGUUUGUAUUCCCGGACAACCAGGACCACCAGGUUUUAGGGGAGCACCAGGUGCUAGUGGAAAUCCUGGCACACCUGGACCCAAGGGAUAUAAUGGUUAUCCAGGUGAAACAGGUAUGAAGGGUGACAAGGGUCCUACCGGUACACCCGGUGGUACGGGUUUACCUGGUGCAAAUGGUGCUCGAGGUCCCACUGGUGCAGCAGGACCGCGAGGUCCAGUAGGCGAAACAGGAACGACCGGAGAUGAAGGUGCAAUUGGUGCACCAGGUUUACCGGGAGUUGAGGGACCCCCAGGACCUAAAGGAGAACAAGGAUUACCAGGGCUACCAGGAACUCCAUCUCGCCGUCGUUUUUAUAUCCAAAUUAUUGGUACCACUUUGGUUUCAUCCAAUUUGGAAAGGAAAAUAACAGUUCAGGAUGGAGGGGAAUAUCAAUCAGGACAAGAAGUUGAAAUUAUAAAUGGUCCCAAAAAAUUUUAUAUGAAGCCAAAACCUGUUGUUGUACCAUAUCAAUAUAAUCAGAAUUAUGAAUAUUCUUCUCCAAAACCGAUGUAUUAUCCUUAUGCAUACCCCGUGCCAUAUCCACAACCGCAACCACAACCAUACCCUCAACCAUAUCCACCGCCAUAUCCACAACCAAGUCAAUGUAUUUGCAUCCCUGGUGCACCCGGAAGACCUGGUUAUAGGGGAGCACCUGGUCAAAAUGGAAACCCAGGUGUUAAAGGAAGCAAAGGUUAUCCAGGUCUUAUCGGAGACACAGGUUUACCUGGAGAUAAAGGUGUUAGAGGUCCACCAGGUCAACCAGGCUUAAAUGGAGAAAAAGGUCAGAAGGGUGCAGAUGGCAUAAGGGGACCAACAGGCGCGAACGGUAUUAAAGGAGAACCUGGACCUCAAGGACCACCAGGAUUACCAGGCUUACCGGGACCUGAUGGUCCACCCGGAAAUAGUGGUAUACCAGGACGACCAGGUCGACCAGGUCGGCCAGAUCGACCACGACCUAGGGAUAAUAUUCAUAACUCAAUGAAGAUGAAGACUGAUAUUGUUGCUGGAAAACAAAUUAUUUUUGUGUUAAUUUUUACUUUUAGUUUUCUUGGAGCUGUGAAAUCUCAGUCAAAUUCUAAAUCAUUGCUGGGAAAGAACAGCGAUAAGCAAUUGGUCACUAUAGAAACUUUGUCAAAGAGUGAUAUUGGUGGUGGGAGUUCUUUAGGACAGUAUCAACAACAAUAUCUUCCAAUAUUGUAUCCAUAUCAGCAAUAUUAUGUCUAUGGCAACCCUGUUGUUCCAAUAUUGCCCUCUAUACCAAAUUACAACCAGAAAUGCCGCUGUCUACCAGGACCACCGGGUCCACCUGGCUUGCCAGGUCCUAAGGGUCCACAGGGAUACCCUGGAGUGAAGGGUGAGAAGGGAUAUCCUGGUGAAAUUGGUUUACCUGGAGACCAAGGCCCCAAAGGUGAUAGAGGGCUUCCGGGUCCUCCAGGUGCACAAGGAAUAAUGGGAGCGAAAGGAAAUCCUGGAAGUAUGGGAUCACCAGGCCUGUCAGGUUUACCGGGUUCUCCUGGCAUUAGAGGUGAGAGAGGCCCUACGGGAGCAGUGGGACCAAUUGGAGAAACCGGUCCACCAGGUGAACAAGGUGAGCAAGGGCUACCGGGACAAACUAUUAUUAGAGAAUUUUUGCAGCAGCCAAAUUUACCAUCUGAAACAGUAGAUGAAUCAAAUGAUUACGAUUAUGAGGAAAUCAACAAUCCUGCAACUUUAGUUGAUAAUGAAGCACAAACUAAUAAAUCUUUUCAACGACUGUACCCCAGUUAUAUCCUCCUGGACUUUGGAUACUUUGACAUCCAUAAAAAUAAUAGAAGUGACGCAGAAAAAGAGAACAUCAAUGAUAAUAUUGUCGAAGAUGAUGAUUCUGUGCAGGUUGUGGAAUAUUUGGAUGAUUUUGAAGAAGAACUAAAUGAAGAACGUUCAGCCAGUUUAAGUUUGCAGAAGCAACAGAGACAUACAAAAAGUUUACUUAGGAAUCCAUUUCAAAGGUAUUUGAGUAAUUUUGCUUAGAAGUAGAAUUU